UUACCAGCGCUGUCACCUUUCUGUGCGUACGGGAUGAUCUGGUACUGCCCAGAAAGGAAAGGAAGCCGUCAGUUUCCUCCCGCGUGCGCGUCAUCACACGGCGCGGACGGGAAUUACACUUGGCGCCAAAGGAGCCAUAGCGAAAUUGUUUUUAACUUUUCUGUAUAGACUCCAGACAGACCAAGUACCCCGUGUUAUUUGUAGAGAUCAUGGACAUUCGUAGAUUUUUUGGGCCAGCAAAAGUGGGGCCCCCUAAACCAGCUGUGAACAGCAGCAACAGGGCAGAUGAAGAGAAGCCUGUCAAAAAGAAAUCUGUGUCCAAGAAUUCUGCAGAGAAGCCGUCUUCCAAAAGAAAGAAGAAAGCAAUCAUAGAAUCAGACUCAGAGGAAGAGGAGAGCAAACACAGGAAGGUUAAGAAAGAACAAGAGCGAGACAAAGUAGACCAACAACUCAAGUCAAAAAAAGAGAAGAAAGGACCUAUUCAGUUUGAGUCUGAUUCUGAUGAUGCGUUCAGCUCAACACCAGUGGAAAAUGGUCUUAAGAAGACCGGGAAAGAGGGCGAGAAGAAGACUCAAAAAGCCCCCUCUAAAGAUUCAUCAAAAUCAUCCUCAAAAUCAUCUAUCAACUCCCCUACUAUGUCAAAGCCAAAGCACACACCUCCAGCCAAGCAAAAGGCAAUAUCCCCACCUAAAAAAACUCCAACCUCAGUACUGGAUUACUUUGGCUCCAGCAGUAUUCAGCGAUCAGAUAAGAAGCUUGUGUCCAGUGUCAAAAGGAAAGCACCAACACAUGAAUCAGAUGAGUCUCUGAAUGACGCGGGAAUUGCAAAGCAGCUCGAAAUGGAUGAGGAUAUGGAGCUGGAAAGACAGAUUCACGAGGACGAGGAGUUUGCCCGAACUCUAGCUAUGCUGGAAGACGGUCCACUAGCCAAAAAGGCACGUACAGACCCUGGUGACGGGCCGGGCUCCAGUACCAGCUGCUCACCUAGGAAACAGGUGAAGGAGGAAGAUCAUCCCAGCCAGAAGCAGUCCUCUCCUAAAAAGGCUACCCUUCCCUCUCCUACAAAAAAGAUCAGUACAAUUGAAACUGAGAAGAACAUUGAUGAAAAGAAGAAAGCGAGCUCAAAGUUGGCAUCUAUGAAACGUAGAGAUGAGGAGCAGGAGCAGAAGCAGAAGGUUGAGAAGGUAGAAACUAAACUCGUCUCGCCUAAAAAAGAGCCCAUCUACUCAGAGAAAGCAGCCACACCUAAGACCGGGGGUCCAAGCACUCCAAGAACUGGGAGUGACAAUACACCUAAGACAGGAAGUGGUGGUGCAUCAGGCCCAAACAAAAUCUCGCCUAUAAAACCAGAGACUAGUCCAGAGGAUUCAGAGAAACGUCGGGGAAAUUCUGCUGCUUUCCGCAACUACCUUAAUAGAGACGGUCCACGUGCACUUGGCUCCAAAGAAAUCCCUGUGGGUGCUGACAACUGUUUGGAAGGCCUGACGUUCGUUCUGACUGGGGUGCUGGAGUCAAUGGAACGUGAUGAUGCAAAGUCUCUCGUCGAACGCUAUGGCGGCAAAGUGACCGGAAAUAUCAGCAAGAAAACCAAUUAUCUAGUGGCUGGACGAGAUAGCGGGGCUUCCAAGACUGAAAAAGCACACAGUUUAGGCACCAAGGUCAUUGAUGAAGAUGGGCUUUUGGAGCUAAUUCGAUCCAAACCGGGGAAAAAGUCUAAAUAUGAGAUUGCUGCAGAAGCGGAGAAUAAAGUGGAGAAGAAUAAGACCAAAACCUCUCCGCGACCUCCAACUCCAAAGUCCGCACAGCGUGUGCCCAGUGCUAAAAAAAGCCACUCGGGGGAGAAAAAGUCUCCAUUGGGCGCAAAGCGUAACAUGGACACGAAGGAUGAAGUAAAGAAGCAGUUGGCCUUUGGACAGAAAUCUGCUGCAGAGGACACUAAGAGCAGUCUGAUGUGGGUUGACAAAUACCGGCCCCAGAACCUGAAGUCUGUGAUUGGCCAGCAAGGUGAACAGAGCUGUGCAUCUAAACUGCUACGCUGGCUGCAGAACUGGUACAGUCACCACAGCGGAGACAAACCUGCAGCAGGACGCUUUGGCCGCUAUCAAGGUAAAGAUGAUGGAUCAACAUUUAAGGCAGCGUUGCUGUCAGGUCCUCCUGGUGUCGGAAAAACGACCACAGCUGCUCUCGUGUGCCAGAAUUUGGGCUAUAGUUAUGUGGAGAUGAAUGCCAGCUGUACCCGCAGUAAGAACACGCUUAAGGAGGUGAUUGCUGAGUCUUUAAAUAACACCAGCAUCAAGAACUUUUACUCAGGUACGUCCCAAACAGUGAGCAAGAAACACGUGCUGAUUAUGGAUGAGGUGGAUGGCAUGGCAGGAAAUGAAGACCGAGGGGGAAUACAGGAAAUGAUUUCUUUAAUAAAGACAUCCAAGAUCCCUAUAAUCUGCAUGUGUAAUGACCGCAACCAUCAAAAAAUACGGUCAUUGGCCAACUACUGUUUUGACCUACGCUUCCAGCGUCCACGUGUGGAACAGAUUAAGGGUGCAAUGAUGUCCAUCUGUUUCAAAGAAGGCCUGAAGAUCCCGCCACCAGCUCUUAACGAAAUUAUAUUAGCCUCCAAUCAAGAUGUCCGACAAGUGCUGCAUAAUCUCAGCAUGUGGUCAGCCAAAGACAAAGUCAUGACUUACGACCAGGUCAAACAAGACGCCAGUAAGGCGAAAAAGGAUAUGAAGCUGGGUCCUUUCGAUGUGUGCCGAAAGGUGUUCACAAAAGGAGAGGAAACGGCACACAUGAGUUUAAUCGACAAGUCAGAUUUGUUCUUCCAUGACUAUUCUUUGGCCCCACUGUUCGUCCAAGAGAAUUAUUUACAUGUCAGGCCUGCAGCGGCUGGUGGUAGCAUGAAGAGUCACCUGGUCCUGCUGAGCAAAACGGCAGACAGCAUCUGUGAUGGAGACCUGGUGGACCGUCAGAUUCGCUCAAAGCAGACCUGGUCCUUGCUGCCCACUCAGGCCAUCUAUGCAAGCGUGUUGCCCGGUGAGUUGAUGCGUGGGUACAUGAGCCAGUUCCCCACAUUCCCCAGUUGGCUGGGCAAGUUCUCUUCUACGGGCAAACACAGUCGCAUCGUCCAGGAGCUGGCAUCACACAUGUCCCUCAGGACACUGAGCAGUAAGCAGGCAGUGAAUCUGGACUAUCUGCAUUACCUGCGCUCAGCUCUGCUGAAACCUCUGCAGCAGUCUGGAGCAGAGGGAGCCGGCCAGUCAGUGCAGCUUAUGGACGACUACAACCUGAUUAAAGAUGAUGUGGACAGCAUCAUGGAGAUCAGCACAUGGGGAGGCAAGCCAGACCCCUACUCCAAACUGGAUCCCAAGGUGAAAGCGGCCUUCACGCGCGCCUAUAACAAGGAAAGCCACUUGACGCCGUACUCGCUGCAGGCUGUUAAGAAGGGCAAGAGGGGAGCUCCUGAGGCAGACCUAACAGCUAUGGAUGGGGAGCAGGACUCUCAGCAGCCAGAGGAAGAUGAGGAAGAGCCGGGGGCUGACGCCAUGAUUAAGCAAAAGAAGGCCAAGCCAGUGAAGAAGGAAAAAGCAGAAGAUUCAGGAAAAGGUAAAGGCAAAGGCAAGGGGAAAGGGAAGGGCAAGAAAUGAACACUGGCGAGAAACCUCGGUGUCACACAUUGGACCACCUUUCCCAAAAAUCCCUCCCAAGACGUUUUCCCUGACUCUGAAUCAUUGUACAGACACUUUGUUGAAUGCCUUUUGUAGUUCCUUUUCAUAUUUCCCUCUUCUCUCUUUCCUUCUUAAACAAAUGUCCUAUUCUUUCACAAAUCUAUCUUCAGGUAUCAAUAAAGUCCCCUUACCUGACAAUAAUCUCUUUUGUAUGAUAUUUCUCUGUCUUAGAGUGCUGUCACAGUGAAGGGGGAGUCACUACAGUAGCUUGUUAUGUAAAUAGAAAAUUGCAUUGGUAAGACUUGAGGUUUCGUAGAUAUUUCAUAUGAGAAGCACUUUUGACAGCAGACAUAAUAGACCAUUUGUAUGUACAUCUCUCAGAUUAAAACCAGAUCCUCAAAAGUUGGUAAUAAAGUGUUGAAUACUAUGAGA